AGGCCGAUUGCAUGCAAAAAAAGUGAUAAAUUUUAUUCGAAAUCGCGGUCCUCUUCGGCCAAAUUCUCCCCUUUCCAGGGCAACCAAGCCGUCGCGCAUUCCUCGUGCAGCCAGCUAAAUUUUCCCGUGUGUCUCGGUGUUGUAUUGGAAGGGAAAGGGAGACGGCGCAUUGUUGAAUCAGCCUGAGUUAUUGGAUCAUCUGCCAUGGCGUAUGCGGGUAGCCAGCGAGCCGAGUACGGACGCCAGUACAGCAGCGGCAGCGGACGGGGCUCGGCGGAGAGCGGCUCGUCGCGGAUCCCCGUGGAGCCGCCGUGGAAUGCCUUCGUGGGCAAUCUGCCCACCAAUCUCAUCCAGAGCGACAUUGAGCAGAUCUUCAGCCGCAACAAGGUGAAAUCGGUACGGAUGCUGCGUGAUAAAGAGACGGACGAGUUCAGAGGCACGGCCUUCGUGGAGUUCUACGACAAGGAAUCCCUCCUGGACGCGCUGAGCCUCAACAACGCGGUGCUGGAGAGCCGCAACAUCCGCGUCGACGUGGCCGACCAGAGCCGCAACCGCCGCAGCGGCGGUGAGCGCGGCGGCGACCGGGGGGCGCCCCGAGGGGGCCGCGGAGGCACCCGCGGGGGGUACGCGCGCACCGACUCCAACUACAGCGACUACGACUCCCGCGGCGGGAAUGACCGCGACCGCGGGUACUCCUCCGGAGGGCGCGGCGGCCGCGGCGGGGGUUACUACGGCGGCGAGCGGGACCGCGGGGGCUACGGCGGGGGCAGCCACUACGAGGGGGGCGACCGGGGGUACGGGGGCGGCGGCGGCGGGGGAUACAACCAGACGGAUAACUACCGCGGCAGUGGCGGCGGUUACCAGUACCGCGGCAGCGGGGGUGGUGGAUACAAUGACCGCCGCGGCAGCGGCGGGGACGGCAACCGGGGCGGGCGGCAGGGCGACUACCAGGGCGGACGCGGCGGCUCGUACGGGCACGAGCGAGGCGGACGCUACGGCGACCGCGAGAGGAACAACUCCGACUCCUAUGCGGACUUCAAGGCGCCGGAUCCCGCGGACGCCGCUGACCGGCCCCGGCUCAAGCUGCAGCCGCGCAGUGUGGACGCGCCGCUGAACCAGCUGGCGGAGACGUCGGAGCGGACGCGCCAGAUCUUCGGCGGCGGGAAGCCGCGCGAGGCCAAGCCCGAGGAGGAGGCGGCCGCCGCUGCCGCCGCGGGGGCGGGGCCCGGGGCGGGCGUCGAGCGGCAGGUGUCCAAGGGCAGCGAGCAGGAUUCCGUUUGAAGAAAGCCGGAAGCGCGCCCGACCCAGCCACAUCCAAAGACUGACAACCCUUCAUCGUUAUCCGCCGACUAGCACGGACUCCUUCAUUUACAUUAUCUAUCUAUCCCAGCAUGCUUGACGUAGAGUAGUGGCUAGUAAUUCGUUUGUUUAACCCUUUUUUUCUGUUUCGGAUUUCUUGACGCGUUUCGCUGUUGCGUUGUGUGUGGCGACUGCACGCUUGUUCCUUACGGUCAACCCGACAAAAUGAUGCCGACGCAGUCAGAUGAACAAAUUAGACAGUGUUAUUUUCAACUAUGUAAGUACAAUAAAAUCUUGCGCUUGGA